AAUCCAUGCAAAAAAUUGAUGGGGAAAUCAUAGCCCAAAUUGUGUCUCACCGUUGGGGAAAACAUAAACCAACUGGAUUUCAAAUCGGGACCCGAAUUUUUAAUAUUUUCGACCCGUCAAUUUCUCUUUCUCCAGUUACAGCCGGCGAUCUCUUUCUCAGACAGGAUACUGCACUAAAGUAUUGAAAAAUGGAGGACAUGUUGGUAGCGAUUCUUUCGAUGCUUCUGAUUUUGGCAUUAGUUCCGCUUUAUCUGUGGAAACGCAGCCAAAAUUCUGAGUCUUCCAGAGAACAUGAAGAUGAAACUCAGGUUGAACAGAGGGAAACUGUAGUAAGAGCCACUGGAACACGUCGAAUGCGUCGAAGACCGGCCUCUUCAGCUGCUAGCACAUCUUCGGCUGCAGCCACUAUAGAUGAACUGGCUGAUGGCAGUGAUGAUGAAGAACCUGGAGAUGGAUAUUAUGCUGCAAAAUCAUCAAAGAAAAAAGAAAAGAAGCGUCAGGAGCGGGAAGCACAAAGACAGGCUGAAGAAGCUUCUCGGGAAUCAAAACAUACAAAGCAAAGUCACUAUGAUGAAGUCAGGAGGAGGAAGGAAGAGGAGCGUGAAGCUAAAGAGCGUGCACUGGAAGAAGAAGCCAAGGCUCGACAGGCCAAAGAGGAAGAAGCUGCUGCGUUAGAGUUCGAAAAAUGGAAAGGUGAAAUUUCCGUUGAUGCUGAAGGAACAACUGAAAAUGAAGUACAAGAUGGAAGCCAGGGUCUGCUUUUUGAUUUUGUGGAAUACAUUAAGAAACACAAAUGUGUGCCGCUGGAGGAUCUUGCGGCAGAAUUCAAAUUAAGGACUCAGGAGUGUAUCAAUCGUAUCAACUCACUGGAAGAAAUGGGGAGACUUUCUGGUGUCAUGGAUGAUAGAGGGAAAUACAUAUACAUCUCACUAGAAGAAAUGAAAGCUGUGGCUGACUAUAUUAGACGUGAAGGUAGGGUCAGUAUCUCACACUUAGCUAGCAAGUCUAAUCAAUUCAUAGACUUGGAACCAAAAGUAGAGGUGGUUGAGGAUAUAGGCAGCAUCGAGGAGCCCAUAGUUGCUUGAGCUUAAUAAGAGCAUGAACUUGUAUGUAUAAUUCUAUGGAAAAUAAAAUGUUUAAUUUACAUGUUUUACCUUAAUUUAGAUGCAUUUCAUUCUCCUUCCCUUUUAGGGGUGCUUAUCAGUCGGUUCAGGACAGUUUUAGAAGCUUUCAGUUCAAUAUAUUCGGUUUUUGAUUCUCAAAAAUGUUAUACCAAUAGCUUGCCGAAAUUAAUUCGAUAUGGGUUGAUUUUUCA